AUGAAUUGCAGUUGGAUGAAUGCUAAUCGUUUGAGUGAAGAGUAUGAAAAGGGAGUUGAGGAGUUUUUACAAUUUGCUUUAAAAAAACUUCCUGAAAGUAAAGGAAGGUUUUAUUGUCCUUGUGUUAUUUGUUUGAAUGAAAAUACAUUACAUUUUGAGGAAAUACGAAGUUAUCUUAUUUGUUUCUGGAUUGACCUGAACUAUAUCAGAUGGAUAUGGCAUGGUGAUUCGUUAAACAUGUCAAAUACCUCAGAAAGAGAGGAAGUUAAUGUAGAUAUGAACGAUCAACUAGAGGACAUGAUAUGUGAUGUUGGACAAGAGUCCUUUAAUCGUGCACAUGUAUAUGAUAAUUUGUGCAGUGACAAAGAAGAGCCUUUGUAUCCGGGACGCACUAACUUCACACGGUUGUCUGCGGUAUUGAUAUUGUUCAACUUGAAGGCGAGAAAUGGCUGGACAGAUAAAAGCUUCACUGAAUUACUUGAAUUGUUGAAAGAAAUGCUCCCAGAAGAUAUUUUAAUGCCGAUUAAGAUUUUGCUUCGAUAA